AUGGAUCUAUCUCAUAGCCGAACGCCCCCGCCACGUCAACCGCUUGAGACCGUCGCGGUCUUUCAUAAGAACAAAGCCAAACGACACGAAACGCCUCUUAUCAAACAGAUCGCGAUAAAACAUAUCACAAAAGCGCAAGAAGCAUUCCCAGUCAGAGCACGUCAUCGUCGUCAUCAUCGCCAGGACAAGCAAGUUAAUAUAACUACACGUCGGUUCGAGAAUCAGGCACAAUUCGAUCGUGCAGUUCAAAUUUACACUCAACUUCAAGCCAUCCCUAACCUAACCAGUCUAGUGCCUCGUCUACACGGCCAAGACCGUAAACGGCUCGAGAUCGAGUUACAAUACCCUACUUGUGAGCUGCUGAGCAUCCAUGAUAGAGUACGAGGACAUGGUGCUGGCUAUGAUGACCGACCGGUACCGUUGUUAGGUAUGAUACGGGGUGUCCGUCAUUUAGGAGACGGUCUUCUGAACGAUAUUGCUAUUCUCGGGGAUUCGCAAAUUGCAUGCGAUGUUGACCUGUCAAGCUUGCGCGUCGUAUAUCAAGGGGUUCGUUUUCUUCCCUUUCUCGAGAAUUUCAGUCUAGAAAUAGGAACGGAGGAUAAAGAUAGCACCGAAUGGACUGACCUUAAGGUUACUAUGGUCAAAAAUAUCAAGGCCCAGAUUAGUGUACUUCAACACCUUGCUCGACUUGUUGCACCAUCCUGGUAUCAGCUUCGAGUCCCUGAGAUAGACUUUGAUCCCGAACCAGUUAUUGAGAUGCUGCGACUAUUUGAGCCAUCGUAUUACCAGCGAAACUCCAUCAUUUGCCGUGUCAACAGAUAUAUUCCAGAUCUAGGCCAGUAUGUUACCGACUAUGUCUGGCCAUACCUCUAUAGGCUGUUAUCACGACCCGGUUUCCUCAGCGAGUCGCAAGAAGAAGAAAAAGAGAAAAGAAAUUAUUACGAGGUAGUUCAGCACGUACUUGAACUCAGCCGUGGGAAUCAUCACCAAGAAGAAGAAAGUCACCUCGCCGUUCAGGCCUCCUUAUGGAUUGCUUAUACCGUGUUGCUGGACCAGCUAUACGCCAAAGAUAUUUUAGAUCAGGUCCCGAGAUGUGUUUCCCCGUUCGAUGAUCCGGAUGUGGCGGAGGCACACACGAGCGAUGAAAACUACCGCAAAGUCCUGGAGGCACAUCACGAAACGUCAAAGGCCGUCCAGAGCCUUUAUGAUGCCGGAGGGGAGCUAGAAAGGAACUUAUACUGGGUUUUUAGCGGCUUGCGUUUGCCGCGUUAA